UGGAGGGGGAAGAUGUAUUGAAAUUCGUCAAAGCUUAAUCAAUUCACCGAAGAUGAUGGGAAGAUGCGUCGCUCCUGUGAUGAUUUUACUCUUCUGCUUCUUGUCAGUUCACAAGGCUCAGAGUGAGCUGCUGAGUUUCCUAGAAGACGGAUUCCUCCUGGCACAGGCGGAUUCAUUGCCCCCAGUGAAGACGGGCAGUGACGGAAAGCAGUACAGACCUCUGAUCCAAGGAUAUCCCCUGGGUGAUUGGGAUGACGGCAGAACAGUUAUCCAGGUCCUGCAGGCAGACGUAAAGAAAGGAAGUCCCCUGGAACAGGACGUGGACACCUUCAUAGGCGACGAUGGUACAAACGUCACUGCUGUUGAAGUUGUGAGGCGCUGAACUUCCUCGGAGAGGUGAGAGGAGUCCCGGAGGGGAGAGGAAAGGAGAGGAGGAGAGAAGAAAAACAGAAGAGCAAAUUUGAAAGGACUUCGUUGGUAGUCGUUGAAAUUGCAAUAACUUCUAAAAUACUGAUUUAAAUCACCUUUUCGUUUAUAUAUAUAUAUAUAUAUAUAUAUAUAUAUAUAUAUAUAUAUAUAUGUGUGUGUGUGUGUGUGUGUGUGUGAAGCAGAAAGGAUGUCAAGAAAUGAGUAAAUUUAUGGGCUAAUACUUUGAAAAUUCUGAUGUUGAGGACACCAUUCGAGAAAAUUAAAUUGUAAAGGAGCUAUAUAGCAAUUAGAUUAUACUUACUGUAGGUUUUGAUCUUUCCUUUGUAAUUAGCAUCAACUAAAAUGCACCAUUUCUGUACACUGUUGUACAGAAGAAAGGCUUCUUACCUGAGUACCAAGAUAUUUAGAUGGCUGCGAUUCUUUCAAUUAUUAAUUUUUCUGUUAAGUAUUCUUAUAAAAAAUAGACUUUUCUAAAAUUAAAAUUUUUGCUUGGUGUUCCAUAAAAUCUUUUUCAUGAUGUUUAAUACAUAUGCUGUACUCCACGCCAUUGAAAAUUCAAAUUUAUGCCAUGUUUUAGUUAAUAAUAAAGUUGGUAAGAUUUGUUUCAAUUCAUAAUAAAGUUGAUGAGAAGUCAUUCCAAACUUGAUUUUAAGACAA